UCCUUCCAUACUAAGUGACGAUGAUAGGGAAGAUCCUACGAUUCGGAAGAAGGCAACAUCACACCAUCAUUUCUCGUGAAAUAAUAAAGCCCUCCUCUCCAACCACAUCUCAUCUCCGGACUUAUAAUCUUUCCUACCUUGAUCAAGGCAUCCCUCACAUGUACAUGCCACUAAUUCUUUUCUAUCCAAACAAUGAAAAUUGCAGUCUAACUGCUGAUUACAAAGUCCAAAAGCUGAAGAAAUCAUUGUCACAGACCCUAACACGAUACUACCCGUUUGCCGGCAGGUUACAUACACCAACAACACCAUACGUUGAUUGUAACGACGAGGAAGUCGUGUUUGUCGAAGCCAAACACGACAGCCAACUCCACAAGUUCCAACAUACCAUUGAAGAAGAAGAUGAGACUGUUGGCCAACUUUUUGCUGAUGACAUGGUGUGGAUAAGGUCUCCUCAUAGCACCAGUCUUGUUGGUGUUCAACUCAAUCACUUUGCAUGUGGCGGAAUCGGGUUGGCAGUGUCUAUGUCACAUAAAAUUUGUGAUGGAUGCACUCUUGGUUCAUACAUGAAUUAUUGGGCUUCUGUGGCUCGUUGUGGUUCCACUGAUCACAAAGAGGUACUCCCUCUUAACCCACAUUUUAUUCAAUCCCCAACUACUACCAAUCCUAUUAAUCCUCUUCAGCCCACAACUCAAAUUAGGUGUGCACACUUUGUCACCAGAAAAUUCAUUUUCCCCAAUUCAAAAUUAAGUGACCUCAAGAACAAGGUCUCCUCUAUAAACAGUCCUACACGGUUUGAAGUAUUGUCGUCUCUAAUUUACAAAACCGUGGUGGCAGCUACCACCCAAAGAUCAUCUUCUUUUACGCCAUAUUUUUUAGCAAUUCCCGUAGAUGUACGUAACCAUUUUGUCCCAAAGUUGCCCCAAACUACCGUGGGAAAUUUCCUUAGAACUAUGUUGGUGGCGACCCGACAUGAAAGUGAAACUUCAUUAAGUGUGUUGGUUUCCGAGAUAAGAAAAGAGAAGAUGGAAGUUAAGCGAGUCCGAAGUUGGCAACUGACUUCUCAAAGCUUGGAAUCGGUUAUGUCAAGAAUAGGCGUUAGCAGAUCCUUUUGGUGUUCGAGCUUAUGUGGGUUCCCUUAUAGCAAAGUUGAUUUCGGAUGGGGAAAUCCCACCGUUGCAAGUGUAACGUUUGGAGCUUUGCGCAGGAAUGGUUGUGUACUGAUGGAUACUCCAAAUGGUGAUGGUAUCUUAGCACGGGUGACUUUAGACUCACUAGACAUGGAAGUAUUUCAGAAUGACAAAGAAUUGCUUUCAUUUUGCAAAAUUAACUGAAUUUGAAUCCCUAUGCGUUUACUUGUUUAUGAUUAAAUAAAAAAACGAAU